CCACACAUCCGUGAUGGAGAAAUGAAAUGCCCAUGGUAUCAUUCCUUCAUGCUCCACUUCUGUUAAUAGCGAAGGGGAAGCGGGUUUCUUUUUGCCGAGGCGCUGGCCCUUCUCGAUCUUCCUUCGUUCGUUCUCCGAACUAGGGAGAAAGUGAGCUUGAUUGCGUGUUUCUGCCUUGUCUCUCAGAGAUUGCUAGUCGAAAAUGUCGAGGAAUACAGAGCCGCUCCAGCGGCGCUUGUCAAGGACACAGACGGUUGGGAACCUCGGCGACACGUUCAACAGUGAGGUCGUUCCGUCUUCUCUUGUCGCCAUAGCGCCGAUUCUUAGGGUCGCCAACGAGAUCGAAACGAAUCAUCCCAGGGUCGCUUAUCUCUGCCGAUUCUAUGCUUUUGAAAAGGCUCACAGGUUGGAUCCGACGUCUAGCGGACGUGGUGUUCGUCAGUUUAAAACUGCGCUUCUUCAACGUUUAGAAAGGGAUAAUGAUCCUACUCUGCGGAGUAGGACAAACAAAAGUGAUGCACGUGAGAUGCAGAAAUUUUACCAGCACUACUACAAAAAAUAUAUCCAAGCAUUGGAAGGUCCUGAUAAAGCUGAUCGGGCACAGCUUACAAAGGCAUACCAGACGGCUGCUGUUCUCUUUGAGGUCUUGAAGGCUGUGAACCAGACACACACUGUUGAAGUGGAUCGUGAGAUUAUGGAGACAGGUAAGCAGGUUGCGGAGAAGACAGAGAUUUACGUGCCUUACAAUAUUUUGCCCCUUGAUCCAGACAGUGCAAAUCAGGCAAUCAUGCUUCUGCCAGAGAUAAAAGCUGCUGUUUUUGCUUUGCGGAAUACCCGGGGUCUUCCAUGGCCUCACGAUUACAAAAAGAAACCAGAUGAUGAUCUUCUUGACUGGCUACAACAUAUGUUUGGGUUUCAGAAGGAUAAUGUCUCUAACCAAAGGGAGCACUUGAUUUUGCUUCUUGCGAAUGUUCAUAUCCGGCAAAUUCCGAAGCCUGACAACCAACCCAAGUUGGAUGAGAGGGCUAUAGAUGAAGUUAUGAUGAAACUAUUUAAAAACUACAAGCAGUGGUGCAAAUAUUUGGGUCGCAAAAGCAGCCUUUGGCUGCCAAACAUCCAGCAAGAGGUGCAGCAGCGUAAGAUAUUGUAUAUGGGCCUUUAUCUGCUUAUCUGGGGAGAGGCUGCAAACCUUCGGUUCAUGCCAGAGUGUCUUUGCUACAUUUAUCAUUUUAUGGCUUUCGAACUUUAUGGAAUGCUUGCUGGCAAUGUGAGUCCAAUGACUGGUGAAACUAUAAAGCCUGCUUGUGGCGGUGAGGAGGAGGCCUUUCUGAAAAAAGUGGUCACGCCAAUCUAUGAAACAAUUGCACAGGAAGCAGAAAAAAGCAGAAAAGGAUCAAAGCAUUCCCAGUGGCGGAAUUAUGAUGAUUUGAAUGAAUACUUCUGGUCACCGGAUUGUUUCCGUCUUGGUUGGCCGAUGCGUAAAAAUGCUGAUUUUUUGUGCCGAGCUCCAUCAGACACUGCCAUUCAUGGAACUGGGGGUGGUGAGUCAACACCAAGUCAUAGGAGGGUUGGCAAGAUUAAUUUUGUUGAAAUACGUUCUUUCUGGCAUCUUUUCAGGAGCUUUGAUCGGAUGUGGAUCUUCUUGAUCCUAUCGCUGCAAGCAAUGGUUAUAAUUGCUUGGAAUGGAUCUGGGAGCCCAAGUGGUAUUUUUGAUGGUGCUGUCUUCAAAAAAGUUCUCAGUAUCUUCAUAACUGCUGCAGUCCUGAGGCUUCUGCAAGCUGUUCUUGACUUGAUAUUCAUUUGGAAGGCAAUGAGAAGUUUGACUUCCUGGGACAUCCUCAGAUAUAUUCUUAAGAUCGUUUUUGCUGCUGCGUGGGUGAUAGUUCUUCCUGUUUCUUAUGUGUAUACUUGGGAUAACCCUUCGGGACUGGGCAAGACUAUAAAGAGCUGGUUUGGCAACAAUAAGAAUCCAUCUUUAUAUAUCUUGGCAGUUGUAGUGUAUUUAUCACCCAACAUGCUUUCUGUGUUGCUGUUUCUAUUUCCUUCAAUACGACGUGCUCUUGAAAAAUCGAAUUGGAAGAUUAUCAAUUUGGUGAUGUGGUGGGGCCAGCCACGGCUUUAUGUGGGGAGAGGCAUGCAUGAGAGUGCUGUAUCACUUAUCAAGUACACACUUUUCUGGAUUCUGCUUCUGAUGACUAAGUUGGCUUUCAGUUACUAUAUUGAGAUUCGGCCACUUGUUCAGCCAACAAGGACUAUUAUAUCAACUCAGAUAUCAGUUUAUGCAUGGCAUGAGUUUUUCCCCCGAGCCAACAACAAUAUUGGAGCCGUGAUUGCCAUUUGGUCUCCAAUUAUGCUUGUUUAUUUCAUGGAUACUCAAAUCUGGUAUGCCAUUUUUUCAACUCUAUUUGGCGGUAUUUACGGAGCGUAUCGCCGUCUCGGUGAGAUACGUACCUUGGGGAUGUUGAGGUCCAGAUUCCAAUCUCUACCUGGUGCUUUUAAUGAAACCUUGGUGCCUAAGGAUGAAAAGGAAGGGAAAAAGAAAAGAAAGGGUCUUUCUGCUCCCUUUGCCAUAUUUGAGAAGAGAGAUGGGAUGGUGGGCGGAGGGACUGGUGUUGCAAAAUUUGCUCAGUUAUGGAACACUGUAGUUGUGAGUUUCAGAGAGGAAGACCUUAUCAGUAAUAGGGAGAGGGACCUGCUGCUUGUUCCAUACAGAUCUGACCAGGAUCUAGAUGUUGUCCAAUGGCCUCCUUUCCUGCUUGCUAGCAAGAUACCCAUUGCACUGGAUAUGGCAAAAGAUAGCAAAGGGAAAGAUCGUGAACUGAAGAAAAGGAUUUUUGCAGAUGAUUAUAUGUACUGUGCAAUUCAGGAGUGCUAUGCAUCUUUUAAGUAUACAAUUAACCGUUUGGUUACUGGUACAACUGAGAAGAGGGUCAUAGACAAUAUUUUCUCUACAGUUGAUCAAUGCAUUAAGGAUGAUACUCUAAAGGAUUUGAACAUGCAUGCACUACCAAGCCUGUAUGACAAAUUUGUUGAGUUGAUUGUGUGUCUGCUGGAGGACAAAGAAGAGCUCCGGACUAAAGUGGUCAUUCUUUUUCAGGACAUGUUAGAAGUUGUAAUGAAAGAUAUAAUGGAUGAACGCCUUUCCAAUAUUUUAGAGUCAACACAUGGGUCUUAUGGUAGAGAAGGGUCACCUGAGCAUCAGCUGUUUGAUUCUAAAGAUGCUAUAAAUUUCCCGUAUGGCAAGUCAGAUUCAUGGACUGAGCAGAUCAGACGGCUUCAUCUGCUUCUUACAGUGAAAGAGUCUGCAAUGGAUGUUCCAGCAAACUUAGAAGCAAGAAGGCGCCUUACCUUUUUCACUAAUUCUUUGUUUAUGGAUAUGCCUGAUGCACCAAAAGUCCGUAACAUGCUUUCAUUCUCUGUUUUGACCCCAUACUACACGGAGGAUGUUCUUUUUUCUAUAGCUAAUCUGGAGGAGCAAAAUGAAGAUGGUGUUUCUAUUCUUUUCUACUUGCAGAAAAUUUAUCCAGAUGAAUGGAACAAUUUCCUUGAGCGGAAAGGAUGUAAAACUGAUGAUGUUGUACGGGACGACUAUCCUGAUGAUCUUCGCCUCUGGGCAUCGUAUAGAGGCCAAACUUUGACAAGGACAGUCCGUGGAAUGAUGUACUACCGUAAGGCUUUGGAGCUGCAAUCUUUCCUGGAUAUGGCAAGAGAAGAAGAUCUUUUGGAAGGUUACAAGGCUCUUGUGGCAGCCUCAGAAGAGCAAUCAAAGAUGUACAGGUCUUUGUGGGCACAAUGUCAAGCCGUGGCAGACAUGAAGUUUACAUUUGUUGUCUCCUGUCAGCAGUAUGGUAUUCACAAAAGGGCUGGUGAUCCCCGUGCUGACGACAUUCUGCAGCUUAUGAUAACAUACCCAUCUCUUCGUGUGGCAUACAUCGAUGAGGUUGAAGAAACUAGUGGACCUCAAAAGGGUACCAAAGUCUAUUAUUCCACAUUAGCAAAGGCUGCUUCAACAAAGCAUAAUGAUCCUGAUGAACAAAUGCUGGACGAGGUAAUUUAUCGAAUCAAGCUUCCGGGGCCUGCUAUGCUUGGAGAAGGAAAGCCAGAAAAUCAGAAUCAUGCUAUCAUCUUCACUCGUGGUGAAGGCCUACAAGCAAUUGAUAUGAAUCAGGAUAAUUACAUGGAAGAAGCCUUUAAGAUGAGGAAUUUAUUAGAGGAAUUUCUUCAGACGCAUCAUGGUGUGAGAAAACCAUCAAUACUUGGGCUUAGAGAGCAUAUCUUUACUGGAAGUGUUUCAUCUUUGGCAUGGUUCAUGUCGUGUCAGGAGACUAGUUUUGUGACAAUUGGACAAAGAUUACUUGCAAAUCCUUUAAAGGUUCGCUUCCACUAUGGUCAUCCAGAUGUAUUUGAUAGAUUGUUUCAUCUGACUCGAGGAGGUGUCAGCAAAGCUUCAAAAGUUAUCAAUUUAAGCGAGGAUAUUUUUGCAGGCUUUAAUUCAACACUUCGUGCUGGCAAUGUUACACAUCAUGAAUAUAUGCAAGUUGGCAAAGGUAGGGAUGUGGGACUAAAUCAGAUAUCACUUUUCGAGGCAAAAAUUGCUAAUGGGAAUGGAGAGCAGACGCUAAGUCGGGAUAUAUAUCGCCUUGGCCACCGUUUUGAUUUUUUCCGUAUGCUGUCUUGCUACUAUACGACUGUUGGCUUCUAUUUCAGCACUUUGAUAACUGUUCUUACAGUGUAUAUUUUCUUGUAUGGUCGUCUCUAUCUGGUUCUUAGUGGAGUUGAAAGAGAACUAUAUAAAGCAGCAGCUGUUCAAAAUAAUAAGCCACUUCAAGUGGCGCUUGCUUCCCAGUCGUUUGUGCAGCUUGGAAUCUUGAUGUCACUCCCUAUGAUGAUGGAGAUCGGCUUGGAGAAGGGAUUCCGAACCGCAUUAAGUGAAUUUGUUCUCAUGCAGUUGCAACUAGCAUCUGUUUUUUUCACUUUUUCCCUCGGGACAAAAACCCAUUAUUAUGGUCGUACAUUGCUACAUGGUGGUGCAAAGUAUCGUGGUACAGGUCGUGGAUUUGUUGUCUUCCAUGCAAAGUUUGCUGAUAACUACAGACUGUAUUCACGUAGUCACUUUGUCAAGGGGAUUGAGCUGAUGAUUCUACUGAUUGUUUACAGCAUAUUUGGCAAUUCAUACAGGAACAGUGUGGCAUAUAUAUUAAUCACUGUGUCCAUGUGGUUUAUGGUUGGCACGUGGCUCUUUGCUCCUUUCCUUUUUAAUCCAUCAGGUUUUGAAUGGCAAAAAAUUGUAGACGACUGGACUGAUUGGAACAAGUGGAUAAAUAACCGUGGUGGAAUUGGAGUGCCGCCUGAAAAGAGCUGGGAAUCUUGGUGGGAGGAUGAACAAACACAUCUAAGAUCUUCUGGCAUUCGUGGCACAGUUCUUGAAGUGGUCUUAGCACUACGUUUCUUUCUUUACCAGUAUGGGCUUGUUUAUCAUUUGAAUAUUACACACACGAAAAAUGUUCUGGUGUAUGCCAUCUCUUGGGUUGUGAUUAUUGGAGUCCUCCUAGUGAUGAAGACAGUAUCUCUUGGCAGAAGGAAGUUUAGUGCCGAUUUUCAGCUUGUAUUUCGAUUGAUCAAGGGUCUUAUCUUCCUGACGUUUGUUACCAUUAUUGUUAUUUUGAUUGCCAUUCCUCGUAUGACGAUGAAGGAUAUCAUUGUGUGCAUCCUUGCCUUCAUGCCGAGUGGAUGGGGGAUCCUUCUGAUUGCUCAAGCACUCAAGAAGCCAGUGCAGAGGGCAGGGUUCUGGGGAUCGAUCCGUGCUCUUGCUCGUGGAUAUGAGAUCAUCAUGGGGUUGCUUCUGUUCACGCCCAUUGCAGUUUUGGCUUGGUUUCCAUUUGUCUCAGAGUUUCAAACGCGAAUGCUGUUCAACCAGGCCUUCAGUAGAGGUUUGCAGAUAUCACGCAUUCUUGGGGGUCAGAAGAAAGAUCGCUCUGGUAGUAACAAAGAGUAGGGGUCAAAAUAUUCCGUCCACCGUUCUUUGGUACCAAGGUGUAUCCUUGAGAGCUCGCACGCCGUUUCAAUAUUUUCGGGUGUAUAAACUUGCUAUGUUCCCCAUGUUGUAAGUUAUACGUCAUUAAUUUUGUUAUAUAAUGCCUAGUUUCCACUUUC